AUGAGCCAAGCAAUCGUAACCAUCGUGGUCAUUAUAAUCGGACUUCUUUUCAUGAGAUGGGUAUUCCAAUCUGACCAACAUCCAUCAGCGCAAUCCCUUAACAGCUCAACCUCCUCGCAGCCUCAACAACAAAGAAACACCGCAAGAAAUGGUGCAAGAUCGAAUAGGAACAACAACAAUAACAAUCAUAAUAAUAAUAAUGGCAGGUAUCCUGUAACAAAUGAUAUGAUUCAAACAGUUCAAAACGUAGCUCCAGAUUUACAUAGAGAACAAAUUAGAUUCAAUCUACAACGAACAGGGUCUGUAGAAGAUACUGUGGAAAGUUACUUACGUGGUGAUAGUUUCCCUUUCCCACUUGGAUUCGUUGAAUCAAAUCCAAAUACUAGUAAUAAUAAUGCUGGUGGUAUCGGUGGUGGUAUUAGUAGUAAUGAUCCUAGAAAACAAAACAAUAUUAAAGCUGAAAAUUUAUUGGUGAAAUUCAACGUUUCAUUGAAUGAAUUUGAUUUAGAAAUCGAUGACCAAGAGUUUAAAAAAUUAGAUAUUACGGAAAGAAAGAAAUAUUUAAUUUGGAAAGCUAGGAAAGAUAUGGAAUUGAAAGUACAAAACGAUGUGGAAUUAUCAAAUUUGUUGAAAUAA